AUGAGCGAUCAACCUCAAGUCCACGAUCUUAUGAUCGUUUUCGACGCCGUAACAGGCGGGAGUGAAGGUGUCGGGGAGUUGAAAACGGCCAUUCAAGAUAUCGUCAACUUUGUGGCUCUUGCUGACUGCUUUGAGAGAAUUGGAGUUCUAGCCUAUCGCAAUUAUGCCUGUACUGCUGAGAAAGUGAUAGAAUGGUCAGGAUGGUGCUAUACUUCUUGUGACCCGAGCCCUCCGAGUACAGACGACAUACUCAAAUUCGUUCAAGACUUGGAGAUGCCUGAUGACUCCGAUGACAACUCAUAUGGUGCUUCUUCAAAAACGGCCCUUGCAAAGGCCUGUCAGGAGAUGAGAACGAACGGCACUAUCAUCCUUCUUUAUAACCAUGCUCCUCCCCUGCUCGAUCAUAUCGGUGGACAUCAUUACGACUCGGAGCAGAUGUCGCUCUCCUUCGGCGGGUAUGGUGAAGCAGGCCGCAUUUUCCAGAAUUGGUUUAAUGGUACCAAUUGUUUCUCGGGACUUGGCCAGGAUCCCAAGAAAGCUGUGGUACUUUCUUUCGGCCUUGGAUCCGUUGACAACCUCAGUGACGGCAUCAGUGAAUGGAGCCCAUAUCUAUGGCUAUCCACCACGACAGGGGGUAAUCUCUAUCGUACGACAUACAGCAGUAAAGUCAUCUCUCGACUCACUAUAGGUCUGCUCCUCAUUUGGAUGGGGGCUGAUGGAAAUAUCGGCAUACCGGAGUCCUUCAGAAUAACCUACACACUAGCUCCAAUCGACUUCUUUCCAGCCGAAGAAUCCAAUCUGGAGCUGUUCUGCGGCAUAGCCUGUAACAACCUCGAGUGUUUCAAUACUCUUAAUAUACCACGCAUCGGCUUCCGUGUCCCAUAUGGCGGUAUCAGCAACAAUGACGAGGGAGUCAGCAAUUUUACAAGCAGAGCGUUGGCCACGAAGUACACUAGUCGCAGCCAACACUACAGAAACGUUAUCGCAAAGCAUAUUGAUCGAAUUAUCAGGACCAAUGUAUCGCUCAUCGCUAUCCAUCCCCUUUUCGGGCGACUUUUUGCUGCUGUCUGUUUGGACCGAAAUGGUAACAACGGAUCCCUCUUGGAAAAGACCAGAGCCCAGGUCGAUCAGAUUCCCGAUGCCGGAGACAAGAGGCAAACACGGGCUUGGUUGGAGGAGUCGUAUGCCUUCUUCCAUGAGAUUGAAUCGUAG